AUGGGGAAAGGUGAGGAGAGAACGAAUCUUACAAGACUAGCCAUUGUUAACUUUGAGCUUUGUAAGCCUUCGCAGUGUGCAUCUGAAUGCAGGAAAGCAUGUCCUGUGAACAAGACUGGAAAAGAGUGCAUCAGAAUAGAGAAGAAGUGCAUGAUAUCGGAGGUUCUGUGCAUCGGAUGCUCUGCAUGUCAGAAGAAAUGUCCUUUCAAGGCAAUCUCAAUAAUCAAUCUUCCGACGAAUCUGACCAAGGAAAUAACCCAUAGGUAUGGCACGAAUGGAUUUAAGCUGCACAGACUCCCGAUUCCAAGGCCUGGAAAGGUGCUUGGACUGGUAGGAACGAAUGGAAUUGGCAAGAGCACCGCACUGAAGAUUUUGUCUGGGGAGAUAAAGCCCAAUCUCGGCAAGUACGACAGCCCACCAGGCUGGGAGACGAUUCUGGGAUAUUUCAGAGGGUCUGAGCUCCAGGGAUACUUUACUAAGGUUCUCGAGGGACAGCUGCGAAUAACAUCCAAGAUCCAGUACAUUGACAGGCUUCCAAAGCUGCUGAAGAAGAGGUUUAGCCCUGAAGUGAAGAGCAUGGUGAAAAGCCUUUCGCUGGACGGUACCGAGACAGAUACGGACAACAGACUGCUUGUUAGAAGUGUACUUGAAGAGAUGGACCAAAGGCAAAGAAAGGACUACUACAUAGAAAAGAUGUGCCUUGGAAACAUACUUGAUAGAGAUGUGGAGGAGCUAAGCGGGGGAGAGCUUCAGAGGCUUUCCCUGGCGUUGGCAUGCAUGCAGCAAAGCGAUGUUUACAUAUUUGAUGAGCCGUCCAGCUAUCUCGACGUCAAGCAGAGGCUUUCGGCUGCGAAGGAGAUUAGAGAGCUUUGCGAGGACAACAGCUACGUGAUUGUUGUUGAGCACGAUCUCGCGAUACUCGACCUGAUGAGUGACUUUGGAUGUGUAUUGUAUGGGCAGUCUGGUGCAUACGGGGUGAUCACGGCGCCGUAUGCCAUAAAGUCUGCAAUCAAUAUCUUUCUUGACGGGUACAUUCCGACAGAGAACAUGAGGUUCAGGCCUUCAGAGCUUAAGUUUGAUAUUUCAGAGAGACCCACAAGGGAUGCCGAGAAGAGGGCCCAGUACUGGUAUGGAGGGAUGACAAAGACGUACGAGUCGUUCAGGCUUGAGGUGAAGGAGGGAUCCUUUAGCGACUCCGAGAUCAUUGUGUUUCUCGGGGAAAACGGGAUGGGAAAGACCACGCUUGUUGGCCUAAUUGCUGGGCUCAUAAAGCCUGACAGAGGAGACGAGUUUACCAAGCUGAGCUAUAGCCUGAAGCCACAAAAGAUACUCCCUAAGUACAAGGGCACUGUCAGAGAGCUCUUUAUGUCGAAGAUCAGGUCCUCGUUUAUGGACCAAUCGUUUGUAAACGACGUUAUCAAGCCACUCAGCAUCGAAUACACCUAUGAGCAGCAGGUCCAGAACUUGAGCGGGGGCGAGCUCCAGAGAAUUGCAAUAGCCAUGUGUCUUGGGAAGGAUGCGAAUGUAUAUCUCAUCGACGAGCCAUCGGCAUUUCUUGACUCCGACCAGAGAAUAGCAAUAUCCAAAAUCAUAAAGAGAUUUAUAUAUUCCAACGGCAAGAUAGCAUUUAUCGUUGAGCACGACCUGAUAGUCGGGACAUAUCUUGCAGACAAGGUGGUGGUGUUCCAGGGAGAACCCGGGGUCUCAAGCGUUGCCUCGCCUCCCAUGGGUCUUCUGGACGGAAUGAACAUUUUCCUUAAGAGCCUUGACGUAACGUUUCGAAGGGAUUCAAGCAACCUAAGGCCUAGGGUCAACAAGCCUGGGUCUGCAAAGGAUAGAAUCCAAAAGGAGAACAACCAGUACUUCUUCUCCUGA